AUGAUAGACUAUUUUAUUCACGCUUACAAUCAUGACCACAUCAAUUUUACCGUUGAUUUUAUGUUUGUCAAGGGGUGUCAAAAGGUGUGUGAUUACCCAUCAUUUGACAAGCAAAUAUCAAGGUUGAUUCAAUAUGGUAUCAAAGUGUAUAACGUCUCUUUGGAUUCUAUACCAUUAAACAAAGUGGAAGAUCCAGGAAUGACUAAGUACCAAGACAAAUUUGAGAGUUGGAUCAUAGACUACAGAAAAGAUAUUGUGAACGAAAGAAACGGCACUGUAUACUCAUGGUUUGUGAAAGACAACACCAUUAAUCAUUAUGCAUUCACACUUGCACGAUAUGCAAUGCAGACAACAAAUGCAGACUUUUUGAUGUUUCUGGAAGACGAUAUAGUGGUCCAAAAAAACUUUUUUACUAUCAUUCGAAAUACCAUUAGAGAUUAUAAAGAAGGACAAUACGUUGCGAUCAAAACGAUGAUAGCUGAUGAAAAGAAUAUGAAAUACAAAUUUCAUGACAAACAACUUGGAUUUUGUAUAGCAAGUUUGUUUGGGGUCAUGCUUGGUAAAAAGGAGUUUAAAAAAGUUGAGAAGUUUCACAAAUAUAUAAAGUGGGGUGUUUGUGUCGACGCCUAUUCGUGCUAUAUGGACGACUUUCUAAAUAUGUCCACUGUGAUGUUUAACACGGCCAAACAUAUUGGAUACGAAAAACCUAAAUCGUAUUAUUCAAAAUUCUGGAUGUGA